UUAUUCAACCCAUUGAUUCUCAAAACUUUCUGCCUCAUUCUGAUCAUAAUAAUAUUCAAAUUCUUCUUGAACUGGAAAAUUUUGUGCCGAGAAGCCUUGUGGUAAGAGAUAUGGUUGGGAUAAAGAGUUUUGCUGAGACGAAAAAUAUUGUUCAGACAAAAAAUCUUGUUGGAGCUGAAAGUGUUGUUGAGACGGGAGAUUAUGCUGUUGGAGAUUGUGAAGUGGAGGAAGAUUUUGAAGUGGAGGGUAUUGUUGAUGUUGGGAUGGGAGGUAUU